AUAAAUAAUAAUCGGAGUCACAAGCUGGCACUGAUUUGAUAUCGGCCGCUGAUGGGACAUUGAAUGAAGGUUUUGGGACAGUUUCCUAGAUUUGCUUCAGUAACAGUUGGGAAGUGGUACAAACAUGAAGCUGCUCGUGGUGAUUUUGGCUGUGUUCGGUCUUGCGGUGGCAGAGUUUGAGCCGGAAGCUCGGUUGAUUGGCGGUACAAACGCCGCUUGGGGUCAGUUUCCCUCUGCUGUGUCGAUCAACACGCCGUUUACCCUGCACUGCGGAGGCGUGAUCGUUGAUCGUCAACAUGUUCUUACCUCGGCGCAGUGUGUUCUGAAUGCCCAGAAUCGGUUGAUCGAUCCCUACUGGUUGACGAUCGUGGCUGGAGAUGUUGCUCUGGCCCCAAUUGGUUCUCGUCGCCAGACCCGGAAGGUCACCCGCAUCUACGUCCACCCGGAGUUCAACGUGUUCACCCGCGAGAAUGACGUUGCUGUUCUGCGGCUGGAUCGCCCGUACGAACUCCCGUCCAAUACCGUAGACAUUGCCCGACGACGAGUGCGAGUAACUCCAAACAACGAAGCGUGCCAGUUCGCCGGCUGGGGAGCAUCCACGAACGCGGCCACUGCUCCGGUGAAUGUUCUGCAGCGGUUCCUUCCGAUGAACAUCAACGACCGGGAGCUGUGCAACGGAGCCGGCAUGCAUGCUGGUCGAGUGCUAGAAACUAUGAUCUGUGCCGGCAAUACGGCUGCUUCCAAUAAUGCAGCGCCUUGCAACGGAAAUCUGGGAACGGGACUGUAUUGCAACCGUCAGUUGGUGGGCAUUCUGUCGUUCGGAGUGAACUGCGGAGUCGCAAACAAUCCACCGAUCUUUACCCAGGUUCGGUACUACAACCGAUGGAUUGACCAGCAGUUCAACAACACCGUGGGUUUGGCACCGAACUGGACUCCGGCUCAUUUGUAAGAGUUGGGAGUGGGUGUGUAAGCGUUUUGAAUAAAUUUUAAGAAAUCAUUA